UUACUCAACAGAGCGGUCAAAACAUAUAAAGUGCAGAUGACCUAAAUGCUGCUUCGAACCAAACGUGCUUCUCAAAGACGCGUAUUUGUUAUGUGUGCUCCAGCACAUUUGGGUAGUUAAGAUAAGUAGUGGAAUAUAGUGUUGCAAGAUGAGAAUGAAGCAUUUUAAGAAAGAGCUUGAUGACUUCUAGUGCAUUGUAUAAUAUGGAUGAUUAUAGAUGAGCUACAGGGCGUGGACAAGGCAAAACAUACGUAACAACAUACUCAAAAAAUCAAUACAAACUGCCUUUUUGGUAAGACUCUUAGUAACCUCAAAACGUCUAUUUCUCUCUGUCAUGAGAGAGAGAGAGAGAGAGAGAGAGAGCGCGCACAUGUUAUCGUACUCAAAAAACCUAGCUCAUUGAUACUGGACACAUCAUCUAACAGAUUAAAAAACAAGUUGCUUUAAUUUCUGCUGUAUGACAUCACUAUGAGUAAAUCAAGAGACAGCAGCCCCACAUUCUUCCUGGAGACGGAUGACCUGACAGAGGAGGAAAGGUCAAAGGCCAAACAGAAGAAAGGUGCCUCAAAGGACAAGAGACCCAUGGACUCUAACUACCUGGAUGAGACAGAGCAGCCUGCACAAACUAUUAAAUUUAACCUACACUUUGACAGGGGUAUCAGAAAGGUGAAAGAGGAACCAGCUCAGCAGGACAGUGAGAGGUUUACCCUCAAGAGGCUGUUUGAUGCCGUGUCCAGUGGCGAUGUGUCUAACCUGCAGGGUUUACAUCAGUACCUGCGCAAAAACAUGAAACGCCUCACAGACUCUCAAUAUAAGUCCAAUGGAAAGACAGCCCUGCUGAAAGCACUUUUAAAUUUGAAGGAAGGCGAGAAUGACACUAUUGAACAUCUGCUGGAAAUUGCAGAGAAACUGGGAGAUUUGAAAAAUUUUGUCAAUGCUGCCUACACAGACAGUUUCUACAAAGGUCAGACAGCACUCCAUGUAGCUAUUGAACGGAGAAGUGCAAAAUUUGUACAGAUGCUGGUUAAGAAAGGGGCUGAUGUCCAUGCGAAAGCCUGUGGGAAAUUCUUUCAGCCCAAUCAAGAAACAUGCUUUUAUUUUGGUGAGCUGCCCUUGUCACUGGCCGCUUGCACUAAUCAGCCAGACAUUGUGGACUUCCUUAUGAACAACCCUUACCAGGCCGUGGAUGUCAGGGAGAGGGACUCUCAUGGAAACACGGUGCUUCAUGCAUUAGUAUCCAUAGCUGAUAACAGUCCUGAAAACACAGAGUUUGUCAUCGCCAUGUAUGACCACAUCUUAAUCAAAGCAGACCAACUUCACCCCAAGAUCAAGCUGGAGGAUUUUGAAAAUAAUGAAGAUCUCAACCCACUCACACUAGCUGCCAAAACAGGAAAACUGGGGCUGUUAAAGCACAUCGUGCAGCGGGAGUUAAAGGGGCGCCGCCAUCUGUCGCGAAAGAUCACGGAGUGGGCCUACGGUCCGGUGUGCUCAUCUCUGUAUGACCUCGCCUCUCUCGACACCUACGGCAAGAACUCCGCGCUGGAGAUAAUCGUUUAUGGCAGUGAGAUUCCUAAUCGCCUUGAGAUGCUCAAUAUUGAGCCAUUUAACCGACUAACUGAAGAGAAGUGGGAGAGAUUUGCCAAACAGAUGUUCUUGUUCAGUUUCAUUGUUUAUGUUAUCUACCUUUUCAUAUUCACUGCAGUAGCUUAUCACCGAGAAAUGGGAAACGACUUUAACAGCACAGAGUCAUCAAAUUCCCAAUUUCUUAGCAGAGACUAUUUGUUUCUGACUGGAUGUAUCAUAAGUAUCAUUGGAGCACUUUACUUUUUCAUAAGAGGGUUGAUAGACUUAUUUAGGAAGCGUCCAAGAUUUCAGUCCCUGCUCAUAGACGGAUACACCGAUCAGCUUUUUUUUCUGCAGGCCGUGCUCUUCCUGGCUUGUGUUCUACUCUACUGCUUUAGUAAUGAUGAAUAUGUGGCCUGUCUAGUUUUGAGUCUUGCCUUGAGCUGGGUAAAUCUACUCUACUUCUCCAGAGGGUUCAAAAAUAUGGGAAUCUACAAUGUCAUGAUACAAAAGAUGGUUCUUGGAGAAAUUCGUCGAUUCCUUGUCGUGUACAUGGUCUUCCUCAUUGGGUUCUCUACAGCUGUCGUAACUCUGAUUGAUAAGGAGUCUAUCAACAAUGACAAAAGAACAAACAUUUCUGAAAAACAACUGAAUAAUGACAGUCCUCAAGGAACUUCUGAGCAGGAAAGUGCUGAUGAGCAGAAGAACAAAUUCAAGAGCAUUAGCUUCACCACUCUGGAGUUGUUCAAGUUCACAAUUGGCAUGGGAGAUCUGGAGUUCACCGAUCAAUUUCAAUAUACAGAGGUCUUCUAUCUGCUGCUAAUUGUGUAUAUAGUAAUGACUUACAUUUUGAUGCUGAACAUGCUGAUUGCUCUGAUGAAUCAAAGAGUGGAUGAGAUGUCUGUAGAGAGUGCCAACAUCUGGAAACUACAGCGUGCAAUCACCACCUUGGACAUGGAGUGGAUUCUUCCCCAGUGUCUGAAGAUAAAGCUGCGCUCUGGGCAAGAGAAGGACCUAGGUGGGGAGCAGGAGUCUGAUCAACGUUGGUGCUUCAGUGUGGAGGAAGUCAACUGGAACCAGUGGAAGAGAAACCUGGGUGUAAUUACUGAGGACCCAGGGAAAUGCCUGCCUGUACCUUCCCCAACUAAACUUCAGAGAGAGCCCAACCAGCACGGACUCCUGCAAACGUUCAGUAAACGUUGGACACAGAGACGACAACACAGAGAUGUACAGGAGCUGACUCCUAUAGCUGAGACCUCUAGCUCCGUCUGAUGUUUUUAUAAUUUGGAAUCUAUUUCAGUCCAUUUUGCAUUAACCUUUCAUUAUAACUAGUGCAAGAAUAAUUACAUAUUAUUGCUGGUUUAAACUUGACUGUGAUUAAUUAUUGAAGAACAAAUAUUAUACACAUCAAGGGUCAUUCCUUUUAUGCAUCAUAUCUUUUUAACUGUAUUAAAAAAUUUAUAUGCA